GAUGGCCACACUAGCAAGCAUGCACAGUUUAUCAUUUCGGGUGUUUUGAUUUUGUUCAGAAUUCUUGGGCUUCUUCCAGGAGAGUUAUGUCCCUGGAGCCAGAAGUCGCUUCCUCGAGAUCUCCCAAGUAUUGUUACUUCUUCAAGACCCUGCUGGUGGAGGAACUGGAACUGGAAACCUCCUAUCACAAUCUGCAUUACGGGCAGUGCGCAUUAAUUGGACGGCUAGCGUUCAAGUCGAAUCAGUACCGGCUGGAAAACGUGCGCGUUAAGUGUCUGCCAAAGAAGUACUCCUUGGACGAGGGCACCCUAUCCGUGCUUAUUCUGGGUCUUACCCAUGACAAAAUCGUCAAACAGCGCGUGAGUGCCGGCCGCUAUUGCAUUGUGCGCGGUGAAGUGGUGCUUCAUAAUGUGCAGCAUCCCAAAGGUCCCAAGCUGACCGCCGGCGGAGUCUACGACAAGAUCAACAGCCUGUCCAACAAUCCGUUGGCCCAAACACAGUAUCUUACCGCCCUACGUGCCACCUACAGACCGGCCAUCGAUUUUUGGUACAUCCAGGUGAUCGACAGAGCCGAGGACUUGCUGACUCGCCGUCUGGAGAUGAGAAGUUUGAUCGAGAAAUGAACACACACUACCUGACCACCUCGCGAACCAAUCCGCAGUUCUACAUAUUCAGUCAGCUCUUUUGUAACGAUCUGGACUGGGACCAUUGCGAUUGGGAGGGCAUUCAAAACGUUGCCUGGGAAGAAUUCUGGCACCGUGAGGGCCAUGAGAUACUAGAGCAAAAGUGGCACAAGCGGUUUCCCGAA